UUCUUAGUACAUUUAAUACCCCUUACGAUGAGAUAACCUUUAAUAACGUUCUAAAGCUACGUGUGGAAAGUUAUUUCACAUGCAUGCAUGCUCUUGUUAGGAAGAAAUGUUUGAAUUUUAUAUUGCACAAAAUAAACAUUGCUUACAUUACUUUUGAAACAAUUUUGUAAAAAACUGAAUUUCACCAUAUUUAUAUACGCAGAGCGUAAAAUACUUUGAUUUCAUAGGCAUAUUUAAUAAAUUAAAUUAAUAUGACCGCCAAACAAAUUUUUUCAUUAGUUUUCGUUAGAAACACAACCAACAUCCUACUAGGUUUUAAAAAACGAGGAUUUGGGCAAGAUAAGUGGAAUGGUUUUGGCGGCAAGGUAGAACCAGGAGAAACAAUUGUUCAAGGAGCCAUACGUGAAUUGAAAGAAGAAUGCGGCUUAUCUACACAAGAUUUAAAGAGAGUUGGUAUUUUAGAAUUUGAGUUUGAAGGAAAUGACAGCUUAUUAGAAGUUCAUGUCUUUGAGACAUAUAACUAUCAGGAAAAAGAAACAGAAUCUGAAGAAAUGCGACCAAAGUGGUUUAACUUGAAAGACAUUCCUUUCAAACAAAUGUGGCCGGAUGAUGAAUAUUGGUUCCCUUACAUGUUAAGAGGGGAAUUAUUCAAAGGAUACUUUUUGUACCGUGGUCAGGACCUAAUUAUUAAGCAUAAUAUUGAAACUUUGAAAGAAUUACCAGCAAUGGAUGUUCCUUAACUACAUUCAUUAACAAUCACAGGUUUCAUUCACAACUUUUAUACAUUCAUUUACAUGUUAAUAAUUUCAAUUAUUAAAAGCUCUACUUUCACAUUUUUAUAAUUAUAAUAAAAUUUG